AGCAAACAUCACUGUGGGAAGAGGCAGAUUUGGAAGUACAGACCCAGGAGUGGCUGGUGGCAUUGGGAUGCUUGGAUAUACCCAAGAGAUGGAGCAGCUCUAUAGCACCUACUUCUCCUCCAGUGACCCCUCAAUGGGCUUCAGUUCUGCCCUGGACUCCCUCAUGGGAAUGGGUUUCCCUCCUGUACAACAGAAUCCAGUACAGCAAGCUAAUGUGAAAGGACACAUGAAGGCUGGAGAUCUUGGAGCCAAUCAAACAACACAGCACAAGGAAGCUUCCAAUCAGCAGAAGGUUUCCCCGACACAGAUGUCCAAUCGCAGGAAGAGAACUGUCUACAGUCCCUCAGAUCUGGCCCGACUGGAGCAGUACUUCAGAACAAAUAUGUACCCAGAUAUCCACCAGCGGGAAGAAAUGGCCAGACAAAUGGGCUUGCUCGAGUCACGCAUACAGGUUUGGUUUCAGAACAGGAGGUCAAAAGCCAAGCGUCAAGGGUCCAGAUCUACCAAGUUGGCUGCUGUUGGAGAUUACUAUAACAGAACCCCAAUGUACAACCCAGCACCCACAGCCAAUGGCACAAUAACUGUAGCACAGCAACAACAGAUGAUAUCUUAUCAGCAGCAGGUCCAGCCAUUGGCCACUCUACACUAUGGCUUCCAGCCAAAUGUCUCCAUGCAAGGAACCAGUCUGGACAAGAUGUAUUCAUCUCAGCAGAAUCCAAUCAGCUUUCCACAGCAACAAGUCCAACCCAUUAUCAAUGUACAGCAGAAUUACUUCCACCAGCCCUGGGACCUCCUGCCUUGCCCUGAAUCCUCAUGGACAGUCAACAGCCAGAGACUCCCAGGACAUCCAACAACAUCCAGUACCCACCCUCAUAUUGAUUUGCCUAGUAAGCCCAUUACAAGCCACUGCACCAAGGGUAUGAGUCCUGGCAAGGAAUCUGAGAGAGACUUUGGUUGGAGACAAAACCAAGUAACCAUGCAUUCUAACCUCGUGAUGGAAUUCCCACCUAACAAGACCAUAACCCCUGAUAUGAACACCAUCAUCCCACAGAUACCAGGGGCAACAGGUUGGAAGAACCAGGAGGAUAUCAAUACCUACUCUACACAGGGGGCACUGUCCAGGGCAGGGUGUAGCAGCUAUGGACUUCACUCUCCGUCCUCAGACUCAGGAGUCAGUGAUGCAUCUACAGAGUCAGUCUCAGACUGGGAAGAGAACCUUCUGAAAUCUCUAUUUUGAAUACUCCGUUGCUGGAGCCUUCCGCAUCAUCUUCAUCACACACAGGAGGAGGAGGACAGUGUAUAUGUAUCUCCAACACCAAAGCACUUCAACAUUUGGCUCUUUAUAUUUUGUAUUGUUUCAGGGGGGAAUCUUUAAAAAUACAGUGACACUUAAUGCAGUACUGGACAAUUUUUCAUUGCACUAAUAAAUCUUUUAAAUUAAUGAC